AUCUUGCCAUCCCCGGUUGCUCGUUGCUGGGGGUGAAUAUAUAAACAACAAAAUAACCAAACUGUUUGUUGUUGCUGCUGCUACUGCUACUACCGCUGCUGCUGCCACUGCUGUAGUAUUUGUUGCUACUUCUAUUGUUUACUGCUGUUUUUGUUGCUGUGGUUAUAUUUCUUUACCUGAGUGCAACUUAUUCUCCACCUCAUCGUCAUCAUUAUAUUUCAAUUGACUAUACAAGCAUGUAUAGAGUGUCCAAGGUUGUCGUUGGUUAGUUCCAAGUCGGUUCUGAUCGGGUGUAGCCAUUCAUGUGAGUCCAAAUUUGAUUGUGGACAAGAUCCCAGCCACACUUCCGCAAACAGCAGAAAAUCGACAAUUAACCAUUCCAACUAAGAGCAACUUCAUGCACCAAAAUAUCUGCAUAAAACUUCCUUUUGGAGUUCUUUUCAUGUUUUGCUGCCUGAAAUAUGAGUGACUCUUCGAGUGCUUCUCAGUCAUCUGAGGAAAACGAGGUGUUACGUGCAUCUCCAUCUGAAAAGCCUGACAACUAUAGUGAAUGCUUUGAGUCAGAUGCUGAAAGUGAGGUAACUGUACAUACAAAACAGUCAUCAGCAAGGAAAACAAUAGUAAAAAAAUCUCAUAACCACCAGAAGAUGAAACGACCUUCCAAGUUUUCUUUGAGGAUCACCCCUUCUAGUGAUGUUGAACAAAAGAUUUUAUCAGUACGCAAGCUACACAACAAUGAACUGAGAAAUAUGAAUGGAGAUCUCUUGCUGCAAAUUGAGAAGCAGAAGGAAGAAAUCCGACUAUUGAAACGGAUGGAAUUGCGGCAAGCGAAAAUCAUCGAAAAAUUUGAUAACACCUAA